ACUAGUUUCCGGUACAAAAGAGUUCCAUAAUUAUUCCAAAAGGAAACACAGAUUGUUGUGAAUAGGUUGUUUUAGUGGGCAACAUCGAAGAAAAAUGUAAAAUGACAAUUUUAUCUCCGAUUGGGCCAAACAAUGGACAAGAAGAUGGGAUACACAAGAUAAUAUGAUGCUCCCUUUUACAAUGGAAGUUGACUUUUUUCCUCCUCUGUUUCUAUCUGAACAGUCCCAUUCAAAUCUAGCAUAUUUUUUAACGAAACGAAGCAUGUUUUAUUUAUUUUUAGAUAUUUAUUAUUAGUAAUAGUCCUGGUUUGAUUAGAUAAAAAUGUCACUAUGCAUCAAAAAUGAAGAAACAGAAAUAAUACAAUGUGUUUAAAAGGUUUGUAAGUUAUAACUUAUCAAAAGGCAAAAUAUAAAAAUGAAGAAAAAAAAGACAGUCAUUUAUGCAGCAUUCAUUGCCAUUUGUGUAUAUUUCUUUGUACAAGUAAGUUACUUUAAUGAGGCAUAUAGCCCUCUCCAAGUUCUGUCUGAUGCCCGGAGUGAAGCAAAGCGUCUACUGCGGUUUAUCACUCUUCAACAUUUCCAAUGUAACUCCACUAUACAAAUUUCAAAUAACACAUACUGGCCUAUCUGUAUAGAAAAGGAAGGAGGGAUCAACAUUGACAGCAGAGGGAAGAAAAUAGCUUAUUCUGUUGGACCCAAAGGGGAUUUGGAAUUUGAAAGGAUUAUUGCAAAAAAUUUGUCUUUUAAUCUGUACCUGUUUGGUACAGGCUUAACAACUUCAGAUUUUUCUGUCAACUCUAAUAACACGCGCAACAUGCACAUAUCUGUUGUACCGAAUGAUCCUGCUGAUUUUGUACGCAACUCCUAUGAUACACAGACAGUUAAUAAUGUGAUGCUUAGUCUUGGCCAUACCUAUAUAGACAUUCUAAAGAUGGACCACUUUAUGGACAGCAGUCACUCACAUGAUGUCCUCUACUUCAUGAUCAAAGAUGACCUUCUGUCUCGGGUUGGACAACUCCAUAUUGCCCUCCAUAUUGACAAGGUUGAUGAUGACUACCUGUACAGUUGGUACCGUGCUUUAUACAAUCUGUUCCACGAUGCUGGAUUCCGUUUAUACCACACUGCCGCAAAUGACCAGCUCUGUCUUCAAGUCACUCUCAUGGAGUCUUGUGUUUAUUAUAUGUCAUGGGUCAGGGACCCUGGUCCAAGAGCCUCCAUACUCUACCCUCCUGCCCAGGAUG